CAUUCCCAACUUCAACUUGUGAUCAAAGCCCUGGAGCAUUAUAUAUGGCUGAGAACCAAAAGACACUGGGAGAGAAAUACUGUGCCAAACUUGAAAAGGCGGUGACACUAAAAAAUUGGUUCAAGAAAAAACAUCAACAGGAUGAUGUUGAGUUCAUCUCUAAAGGAAGACAUGAUCAUAAGACUAGCAGUCACUGUAGCAGAGAUCCUCAUGAUACAAGUCAUGGUGAUGCAGACUACAAUUCUUGGCUGAGGGAACACCCUUCUGCAUUGUCAUCCUUUAGAGAAAUCAUGAACGCUGCUAGAGGGAAGAGCAUCGUCGUGUUCCUGGAUUAUGACGGAACCCUCUCCCCUAUCGUUAGUGAUCCGGAUCGUGCCUUCAUGUCCAAUCCGAUGCGCUCGGCAGUCCAGGAAGUCUCCAGGCACUUCCCCACAGCUAUAAUAAGUGGCAGAAGCCGUAACAAGGUGUACGAAUUUGUGAAGCUAAAGGAGGUACUAUAUGCGGGGAGCCAUGGGAUGGACAUUAUGGGACCUCCGCAGCAAGCUAACACUUCCUAUGGUGGCAAGUACGAGACCAGGACCUUGGACGAAAAUGAUCAAGAAUUUGUGACAUUCCAACCUGCUCAAGAGUUUCUACCCCAAAUCGAGAAGAUGUUGAAGAAGCUGGAGAAGAAAACAGGUGAAAUCGACGGAGUUAUGAUCGAGGAUAAUAGGUUCUGCAUCUCUGUGCACUACCGCCAUGUCAAAGAACAGGAUUACCAGAAGCUGGAGAAACUAGUCGAGAGGAUAUUAAAAGAGUAUCCGAAAUUUCACAUGACAAGGGGUAAGAAGGUAUUAGAAAUCAGGCCAUCGAUAAAGUGGAACAAAGGGCAUGCCCUCGAAUAUUUGCUGGAAACUCUUGGCUUUACAAGCUCAAGCGACAACGAUGAUGCUGUACCGCUCUACAUAGGAGACGAUAAAACUGAUGAAGAUGCUUUUAAUGUUUUAAAGAGCAGGGGAGCUGGUUUCCCGAUCAUAGUAACUUCGAAACCGAGACAGACAGCAGCCUCAUACUCACUGCGUGAUCCUUCAGAAGUUUUAUCUUUCUUGAUAAGAAUGGCUAGAUGGAAAUCUGCACAUUACUGUUAGCACUUGCUUCAAAUCCGGUACACAGCCGCUCGAAUCGACAUCUAUCACCUGUAGCUUUGUUUGGUAUAAGAAUUAUGUACUGGAGUAUAGAUAUGAAAACAACACUAGCUGUGUGCAUCAAAUUAUAGCUGUAAGAAAACAAAAGUUAUCCUGUCAAAGGUUUGCGGACACAGAUCUUUCAAAGCUGUGAACCGGGUGAAAUGUGUUAACCAAGUA